CCCAAAAGGGCGGCCGCGGGCGGGGCGUUUCCCGGCGUGCCCCGCAGCAGAUUGUACACAAUCAUCAUGGCCGCCGCCGCCUCCGCCGCUGCUGAUGGUGCCGAGGAGCCGGGCAUGGAGGCGGAGGCGCAGGAGCUGCCGUUGGGCUGCGGCGGAGAGGGCGGCUCGCCGGCGGCAGGGAGGUCUCCGGAGGGCGAGGAGCGCCGGGAUCCCCCCCAGGCGUCUGUCAGCAACGGCGGCGACGCGGAGAGCGGGAAGGAGCUGGUGGAGCUGAAGGUUAUCUGGAACAAGAACAAGUACGACGUGAAGUUUUGCCUGGACAGCACGGGGGCCGAGCUGAAGCAGAAGAUCCACUCCCUCACAGGCCUUCCCCCUGCUAUGCAGAAAGUUAUGUUCAAGGGACUUCUACCAGAGGAGAAAACGUUGCGGGAAAUCAAAGUAACAAAUGGAGCAAAAAUAAUGGUUGUCGGCUCUACUAUCAACGAUGUCUUAGCAGUAAAUACGCCCAAAGAAGCUGCUCAACAGGAGGUCAAAGCUGAAGAAAAUAAAAAGGAGCCGCUUUGCAGACAAAAGCAACACAGGAAAGUAUUGGAUAAAGGAAAACCUGAUGAUGUGAUGCCUUCUGUUAAAGGUGUUCAGGAACGCCUGCCAACAGUGCCAUUAUCUGGCAUGUACAACAAGUCAGGGGGGAAAGUAAGAUUGACCUUUAAACUUGAGCAAGACCAACUAUGGAUUGGUACAAAAGUGAUGUACAACUGCAGAAACUAUGGCAUGUGUUGCUGUGCAGAGGAAUCAGUUUACCGUCUUGAGUGAUGCCAGGAGGAGCUGAAAGUGCCGUGGUGAUAACGUGCAUUGCUGAGGACGUCUCAGAUAACCUCCUGCCUCCAAAGGAAGCUCUGCUCCUUUAGUUUGACCAGGAUGGGGCAAUAUUAUAGUGACGAGCAAGAAGAAUAUCAGUGCUUGCUCACUGUCCCAGUAAAGUAACCUUAUUGGAUGGUAAUAUUAGCUUUGGAUGGCACGUCCAGCUGCUACAUUAUUUCCAAAGUAAGCAGAAAUCUCGGAAGUUUUUGACCUUUCCUUUGUAGGACUUGAUUGUGAAGUUUUUUCUGGCUUUAAAACCUCUGUUGGUACUAGUUGAGUAAUUUUUUUUCUGUUCUCCUGGGCUAUGUGAUGGAGUUCUUUUUCCUUUAUAGGCUGGGCAGCCAGAUCUCUUUGUUAUUGAUAGCGUGUUCUAAAUGCAUGGUCAAUAUUUAGACCUUUUAAAUUUAAUUUAAUCCUUUUUCUUCACCUUCUAGAUGAGUUUCAAGUUUACUAUUUCUAAAGUGUUCUAGAUGAGUGUUUCUUAAGCUGUGAAAUUUGACCCUUCUUGUAGUCAUCUGUCUUUCAUGUAACCUGUUUCCCUACUUCCCCAAAUUAGCAGCGGCUUGCUUCCUUUAGGGAAUGGUUGUAAUUGCUGAAUGUUGUUGGGAAAACUCCCUCCUGCUCAGAGAGAUUCAUGGCAGAUGCAUGGAGUGGCUAGGAUAUGCACGGAAGGGCUAGGAUAAAACCAACUGGGUGCUAACACAGUUUUUCACUUGCUAGUCCUGGAAAGCUGGAACUGAUUCUCCCCCACGCAGCUUUCCUGUGCUUCACAGAUCGCUCUGUGUGGUUUUGUAGUCUAAAGUUUGGUGUAGGCAGGUGUUUCACAGAUGCUCUGUGUCAUUUUCGUAGAGGCACUGAUAAUAUGGAUUGGGUUUGUUGGUGCAAUACUGUGAAGAGUAACUCUUUUUGCACUUGUUUAGCAUCCUGCAAAGUGGAUGUUCCAAGUCUGACUGGGGUAGUUUGGUUUAGCUACUGCACUGAGGUAGAGCAUUUUUGUCUUUGCAUAAUUAAGUUUGUCUUCCCUGGGUGCCUAUUUUAGGUAGGUGCUUUUUUUCUGGAUCACACAAAUUCCUUAGAUAUAUCUAAGGACUUAAUAGUUCAGUUCCUCCUUUGCAGAGUGUUUAUGGUUUUCUCUUUCUGUAUCCGUAGAAGAUAAUUUUAGGCUGUCACUGAAAGGAAGGAUCUUGGAGUUAAGUCUUCUGAAAGAAUGAGGACAGAACUGAGACAGAAAAAGUCUGCACGAACCAUAUGCUUUGUCAUUCUUGUUGGUUACCUCUGGCUGACAUUACUCUGUCAUCUAAUUGUAGUCAUAAUUUCUUUUUCGGUUUCUUUUUUUGUUUCUUUCCCUGUUUACUCAUUAAUAUUUCCUUCCCUGUACUUUUAUAGUUUAAUUCCAGUAUAAAACCAGGACUAGGCUUUCAAAGAGCUAAUUAGCCUGUCUUCAUUCAGCUUUCAGCCUUGUCCUUUCUGUUGAGCUUAGUAUAAUCCUUGGUAGCCAGACCUGAGUGUCCCUACACUUGGACCAGCUUUCACUACGGUGAGUAAUUCUGCUGGCCCAAGUGGAGUCCCUUCUGGGGAGACAUAAAAUGUGAGGAAUUGCGUGAUCCACUUUUGGAUUCCUUUUAAGUAUUAGUGUUCCAGCUGUGGGGUAUGUGGUAAUGUGGAAAACAUGCUUUUCAGCAGCAGGUAUCCAAAGCUCACCCAAAGAGGAGAUUGCUGGCGUGAAGAGCUUUUGGAAGUAAUGGAGGUGGUAUUUGAAAUUAAUAUGAAAUACUACUUCCUCAUAUGUCAGAAAUAAUACUUUGAUCAAUUUUA